UUAAUUAAAAAUAUCGACUGCGGAGCCGUGCGUCUUGCCCCCUUUGCUAAAUCUAUAAAUACACAGUUUACCAUUUCAUCAUAUCCAACAGCCCACCGCACCAUCAUCUCUAUCCUUCACCAUAAUAUUGCCUCUCUCUCUCUAAACCCUUUUCAACUGUCACUCUUUAAAAAAAAAAAAAAAACUCAAACCGCGCAGCCCUUUUUUUUAAAAAAAAAAAAGAAAAAGAAAAACUCUUGAGAGAAUAUCCUCAGCGAUCCCAAGCCCUGUUCUUGGUCUUUGGUCUUGAGCUGGACUUUACUGUUGAUUAGUAAUGAAAUUGGAACAUCAGAAGGAAUCCGCUCAUGGCGACUACGAGAUGUGCAGAACCAUCGAGGUCGAUCCUUCGCCCUCUCCUGCAACUCCGCCACCGCCCGCAUUCGAUUGCCGCCACUUGACUCUUCCCGAGAAACCGAUCUCCGCCGUUCCUACCGCUGAAGAGGACGACUGCGACAGCGGAGAAUUAGUCGAAGGGGAAGGCCUUUUCAUUCCCCCUCUCAACUUUUCCAUGGUAGAUAAUGGCAUUUUCAGGUCUGGAUUUCCUGAUUCUGCCAACUUCUCAUUCCUCCAAACUCUUGGCCUUCGCUCCAUCAUAGGCCUGUGUCCGGAGCCGUACCCUGAUAUAAACAUGGAGUUCCUUAAGUCUAAUGGAAUUCGACUUUUUCAAUUUGGGAUUGAAAGUAAUAAGGAACCUUUUGUAAACAUCCCAGAGGAUACCAUCCGUGAAGCACUACAAGUUGUUCUUGAUGUAAAGAAUCACCCGGUGUUGAUUCACUGCAAAAGAGGGAAGAUGGUUACUUGCUUUGAUUGGCAGCACCGAACUGGUUGCCUGGUUGGCUGCAUUAGAAAAUUACAAAGAUGGUGCCUUUCAUCGGUCUUCGACGAGUACCAGCGGUUUGCAGCAGCUAAAGCUAGAGUUUCAGAUCAAAGAUUUAUGGAACUGUUUGAUGUUUCUAGCUUGAAGCAUCAACCAAUGUCAUUUUCAUGCUCUAAGAAGUGUAACAAUAACCAGUGUUCUUGAUUCGCUUCAAGGACCUCUUCAUCCUUUGCUUAAGAGAAUCAUUUCUAGAUCAUACUUGGAACAAUGAAUAGAAAAAUGUGAUGAUGCAUGUAGUUUUUUUUUUCCUCUUUUUUCCUUCGUAUUAAUUAAAAUAAUUAAGAAAGUUAUAUAGUUAGCAUUUUUCUUAAAAGCGUUCUGUAAUCAAGAUUAAUGCAACCUCAAUUGUCCCAGAUAGCUGUUCCUGCCUAGUUAUUAUAAUGUAAAGGCAACCAAAGUGGAUUUUGUCUUCUUCAAAAGUCAUUGGUAUAAGAAACAAAUAAAGUAUAUUAAGGUUGUCAUUAGAAGAACUCCUAUAUUAUUCUGCAA